AAACAAAGGCUCCAUUCCAUUAAGUCUCUGUGAGACUACACAGAUCCAAAGACUAAAAUUUCCGACUAUAAAACUUUGACAUAUUUAUCUUGCUUGCCCGUGUGUCAAAGUAUUGGGGGAGUGGAUUCCUUAUCAGGAGUUUUACAUGGUGGUCAAAGUGCAUCCUGCAUUUCAUGCUUUCCCUGAACUGGUGAAUGUGCAUUCAUUCAAAUUAACUUUGGAACAAACUCUUAAUAAGGUUGCAGGAAUGACUAAACAAAAAUCUCAGUGGAAGGAAUUUUUAGAGGCAAUAAGUGUUCUGCAAUGGGUACUAACCUUUCUCUUCUUAGGAGUGGCUUGUAUUAUCUUGAUGGUGUAUCUUAUGUUUACCUCGCUGUGGCCUUUCUCCACUCUGUACUUCAUGUGGCUGCUGUUGGACUGGGAAACCCCUGAAAGAGGGGGCAGGAAAACAACAUUUGUAAGGAGGUGGAGAGUAUGGGAGCACUUCAGAGAUUUCUUUCCAGUCAAACUGAUGAAGACAGCUGAGCUGAAUCCAAACAAAAACUACAUCUUAGGUUGUCAUCCGCAUGGUAUCCUCAGUGUUGGAGCCUUUACCUGCUUCAGCACUGACAGCUGUGGCUUCACUGAGGUGUUUCCUGGGCUGAGAUGCCACCUGGCGGUACUGGCAGGACUGUUCAGGAUACCACUCUUAAGGGAGUACCUAAUGUGUGCAGGUCUUUAUCCAGUCAGCAAGCCAAGCCUUGCCCACCUCCUUUCGAAAAGUGGCAAGGGAAAUGCAGUGGUGAUUGUAAUAGGGGGCGCCGCUGAGUCUCUGGCAUCCUCUCCUGGAGUCAACACAGUGGUCAUGAAGCAGAGAAAGGGAUUUGUCAGGGUGGCCCUUGAGUUUGGGGCUGAUCUGGUACCCGUUUACUCGUUUGGGGAGAAUGAGCUCUUUAAGCAGGUUAUCUUCUCAGAUGGCAGUCUAGGUCGGAAGUUACAGGAUCUGUUUAAAAAGAUAAUGGGUUUCGCCCCAUGUCUAUUUGUGGGCGAGCGCCUGGCAUUCCUGCCCUACAAGACUCCGGUCACCACUGUUGUGGGAAGUCCAAUCUCAGUGCCAAAGCGUGUCACGCCUACUGAGGAGGAGGUCGACCACUAUCAUAGACUUUACAUGGAGGCCCUGGCCAAGUUGUUCCAUGAACACAAGGUCAGCUGUGGCAUUGCUGAAAGUCACAAGCUUCAGAUCAUUUAAGACGUGUCACUGUGUUUUUAUCGACCUUUGUUCUUACUGUAAGAUCUGACUGUAUAUGAAUAUAUUUAAUAGGAAUGUGCAUUAAAUAAUUAAGAUGUGACACUGUA